UCUCAGAACGCGGCUCAAAAAUCAUUAUGCUUGUUUGUAGAAGGGCAGUAAGCCCGUUUCGGUGAAAGAUUGCUAUCAUACGGAGCAUUUAGUCCGUAUUGAAAACCAAUACAAACAGUCACGCUUAAGACACAAUACCUUAACGACGCGGAUAAGUUGAGCGUGAUUGUAACAUUCAAACUUGUUAAACUGUUGGAUUUAAGAGGAAUAAUCCUUUAAAUAGGACCUGAAUGAUACUCAACCACGGCCAUAGGGAGGAUUCUUUGAAUCUACCGCUCACCAACGCAUCAAACUGAAGCCAGGUCCGAUGACGUCCGUGGCGGCCGCUCCCCGCCGGAAGGCGCCCGACCUUCCCUCCGUUUCCGGUCCAAGUCUGGCGCACGUGGGGUUCCAAGGAGCGCGACACAUGCAUCCGGAGCGCGUUCCGAGCGCCAGGAAGGAGCGGACGACGUCUAUCCGACUUUUUGACACUUCCGAGGACACGCUAGACAACGUGGAAGACCAGUCUAAAGAUGUUAAGAUUCUGAUGGUCAACGGGCUCAACAUGAACAAGCUUACCGACGGACUGGUUAACAGAAUGCUUCUCCUGCAGAAACUUGAUCUCAGCGAAAACCAGUUGGGCGACGCCAGUCUGCCGGAAGCGUUUAAGAAACUGGAACAUUUAGUGGAACUUAACCUUAGCAAAAAUAAAUUCACCAAAGUUCCGCCAGUGAUUAAGAAAUUAAAGAAUCUAACGCGGCUGAGUCUCAGUACAAAUAAUGUUGACAGUUUAAAAGGGAUAGAGCAUUUAAAGCGUAUGCAAGUGCUUGUUUUAGACCAUAACAAAUUGUCGUCUGUUUUUAAAGAUAUUACGCACAUGCGCAAACUUGAGAUUUUGGAUUGCAGUCACAACAAUAUACGUGAGGUGGGGAUUGAUAUUCGGUUUCUGAAAAAUCUCAAAGAGCUGAACAUCUCCAAAAACAAGAUUUCAGUGCUUCCAACGGACUUAUUCAAACUGACAAAACUGGAAUCUCUAAAAGUGAGCCAGAAUCAGGUCUCAAAGAUCCCCGUCUUCAAUAUGAAUCCUCAACAUUGCCACACCAUAUCGGACGUUGACCUUUCCAACAACACGAUCAACAAGUUUCCGGGACACUUGCUCACGAUCAGCCAGAAGCUUGAUUUGUCCGCAAACCGCAUAAAGACGCUUGAGUGGAACAAAAUAAAGAAGCUGGAUUUGUCGUCGGGGAAAGAACUGUUCGUCGACGGCAACCCGCUAACGUUUCCACCGGCCGAUGUGUGCGAGUGCGGCCUCAAAGCGAUGAUGAGGUUCUUCCAGGAAACUGAACUCAAUACAAAGGUCUAUCAGGGUAUAAAGAUUCUAGUCCUAGGGUCGCCAGGCAGCGGCAAGACGUCGUUCAUACACACGCUCGUGGACGGACAGCCGCGCCUUUCCGAGGAGAUGUACGAGAGUUCCGCUGGAAUCGAGGUUAGCGACAUGAUCAUCGAAGACGUUCCAGAGACGCGCCCGCCGCCGACAAUUCAGGCGGCGAAGAAAUCCAACGUUCAGGGUGGCACGCGUCGAGCCUCUCGUGCGACGGCGGCCGGCGGACAGCACGCAAAACAUGCGCCGCUAACGCAGCAUGUGAAAGAGACACGCUCUCCGCACGUCAAUGGUUUCCAUAAUAACCUCGAAGACACGCACGGAGACUCGGACGAAACUUCCUCCAACGCGAGUACUUCCGGUAAACGGUCUCUGGAAAUGUGUAUAUGGGAUUUUUGCGGGCACCCGUUCUACCUGUUUCCCCAUUACAUGUUCUUCGAGCAACCGGCCAUUGCAAUUCUGACUUUUAACAUGUUCACAUACCGCAGCGAACACUUUGAAGAUAUGAUCAGCUCUUGGUUUGACUGGAUGAUUGCGAAGACGAACAAACUGUGCGUGCUCCUAGUUGGAACUCACGCCGAUAAGUUGAACAAGGAACAAAUAAAAAAGGUGAACAACGAAGUGAUAGCGAGACUCCAGGCGCACGCAGAACGUCAACGUCAGAUUGUCCAACGUAAGAUCGACGUCAUCACGGAGAAGCCUCACAUCUCGCAGACGUUGUCGGCCCAGCUGAACGCAUACUCACUGCUGCUACAGGAGAAAUUCGUCGUGCAGAGCGAGGUGAUCAUCACCAGUGCCGCCAGCAACACAGGGUUCCAGACGGUGUUCGCCUCGAUCGAAAUGCUAUCGAACGACUCACGGCAAUUCCCGAACGUGCUUCGGACGAUUCCGACAUUCUGGCUUGAGGUGCAGUCGUUCCUGGAGGAGAAGGGCAACACGAUGGUGGUCCCCGUGGUAAAGUACGAGGAGAUUAAGGAGGAAGUGAGCGCCAAGUUCGGCAUGAAGCAUCUCUUCGCUACCAUAGUGCAAUAUCUCCACGAGACCGGCAAGGCCCUGUGGUUCGCAAACAACCCCUCGCUUAAAGGUCUCGUGAUUCUACGACCGGCCUGGUUCUUCGACAUUUUCCGGUCGCUUUUCCGUCACGACCUCGUGGAGAAACUGGAGAUAGAGGUCGAGGAUAGCUUCAAGAUCAUAGGGAUCACACAGGGUCGCUACGACCAGAUGAAGGAGGAGUUUCUCAGCGGAGGGCGUGGUCGACAGGGACCUGCUCAAGUGCAUGAUGUGCCACCUGCUGCCUCUGCAGUCGAACGGCCACUUCCUGGAGGUGCUCACUCUUCUACUGGAGGCUCUUUGCGUAAUGCUUAUACCAAAACGCGAUAUGACAAAUGUUUAAGAUCGACUCGUGAUGGCGGCUACAAUCUUGACCCAGAAACGGAGGGCAUGUUUUCCAAAAAAUACCUGAUACCGUGGUUCCGCAAAGUACCGGAACCUCCCUGCGUGCAGGAGGCGUGGGCUCCACUGGACAGGAAGCAGCGUCUAGCGGGCGUCUGCAGAUUCCCCAAGUACAUGCCGCCGGGCCUCUUCGAGAUGCUCAGUGUGCGUGCGCAUCGAGAGAAGCACAACCUCCGCUUCCUGUCGCACUGGGGCUCGGGAUUCCACGCCAGGCACAAGCUGGAGAAACUACAGGUGAUGUUCUCGUACUCGAAGCACAAUGACGACAAUGGCACCACAAUUCGGUUCGAGCUGCGGGACGACACGCAGGACCCCAACGCGGACCAGGUUUCAGGCGCUGGCAUGUGGUCCAUCCUGCUCCCUAUACUCAUGGACCUAGAGGAGCUGCUGCACUCGUACACGGGGGUGCUGGUCGAGCGGCUGAUGGAAUGCCCCAGCUGCAAGCUGCUCACCUUCAUAGGUGAGUGGUUGACCCCUAAAGAGACCCAAGGGAUGGCGACCCGACCUUGUGAGGAGUGCAACGAGAACAUCGACACCGCCUUCCUAGUCCAGCCGAGGGAAAAGAAAAGAGAUGACGUCAGAUUCAACUUGGCCAAAAUCCGCCAGAAGAAGCGCGUUGCGUUGGCGGGACCAGACGACACUAAUCUCCCUGCGACGUACCACGUUCACGCUAACGUUAGGGUAGGGCGGCGUACGGCGAUUCUGCCAAUGGAAAACGUCACCGUCGACCCCGGUGCACGCUCAAGCGUUUCGUCUGCAACAUACGCAGAAAGUGACGCUGAAAGCACAGACUACGACGAAAGUAGGUCAUCCAGACGUACGACUGCUGUCGGCACACUUCCUGGACUUAGCGAAGAGGAAAUGGCGUCUUUUCUGGAGAAAACAUCGAAGCAUGAAGUGAACGAGCGCGGCUCGGUGACUCCGGAUAACGGCGGUUCGCAGACACUUCCGGGACUGGAUCCCGCCCAGAUGGCGGCCUUCUUAAACAAGCACUUUAAUAAUAAUGGCGUCGAUACUGAUGUCAUUGACGAUGACGUGGGAUUUAAUGACUACCGUUCGGACGCGUCGUCGAAACAACUCCUUCCGGGCCUCAACGCGCACGAUAUGGCGUUGCUGUCGCAGCGCCUCAAUGCCAACAACGAUGACGCGAUCAGCGACGAUGAUGGGAAUGGUGACGUCAGCAAUGGUAAGGGAAUGCAGCUACUUCCGGGCCUCACAAUGGAGCAGAUGGCGAUGUUUUUGCAAAAUCAAUCUAACAACGACGACGGUACCUCGGACGAAGAUGACGUCACAACGCCGCCGUCAUUUCUUCAAAGAUAAAUAUGAUCCUUUAUGCUUCCGACAACAAUUUAUAUUGAUAGAGCAAUAAUUCACUGUAAAUGUUUACAUACUAGUGUAAUUACAUUUUCUUAGUGUCCCGGGAUGGCUAGAGAACUUAUGUUAUGCGUAAAAAUAACAUAUUACAAUUGUAUUAUUUUAGUUUAUUGCAUUUAAUUUCGAAAAAUCGACGGUUACCAAAUGUAUACACCAACACAGCAAUAUAGUUGAGACAUAUAGGAUUUUUGUGAAUAAAAAAACGACCAAUUUUUUUUCCCCCCGUUACUAAAACGUAUAUAUUGAAAGAAGCCAAAAAGGUUAAAAAGUUAUAUUUAAGAAAAAGUUACAUUUAGGAAAAAUUUACAUUUAAAGCGUUUGUAAAUAUAAUUAGUACAGUUGAAGCCAAUGUUGAUGACACCAUGACAAAAUCAUUCUAAAUAAAGACCCGUGUAAUUACUUAUUAGGAGAAAUAAGUAAGAUUGAAAAAUAGGAACUUUUAGAAGAGUAUAGUGUCGAGACUAGUCUUUAUUCUUAGUAAAGCAGGAAUAUCAAAUAUAUAUCAACACUUGUUUCUUAACUCUUUCACUGCUGGAACCGAAUUUUGAAGGACUUUGCAAACAGUUUGGAUCCAGAUGAGACGCCACUAGAACGUGGCGUCUCAUCAGGAUCCAAACUGUUUGCUAUUCUGAUAGUGUUCUUUGAAAAAAAAUCGAAGAAAAUGCUAAUUUUAGAAAUUCUUCAGACGACAUUUUAGCAGACGACAAAUGUCCCAGCAUGCAAAGGGUUAAUAGACCAGUGUAGUUUAAUACAUUGUUCUGCAUACUCUCAAUAUGAUAAUGAUAUGCGAUAAUGUUAUACACAUUGUCAAUUGUUGCAUAUUAGUUUGCAACUUUGCAUCAAUAUAUGUUACUUGAUAGACCAUUGUAGUUACAUUGUUUUGUAGGCCCUUGAUAUGGUAAUUAUAAGUGACAAACGAAUAUACAUUGUCAACUGCUGCAUAUUAUUUUGCAUGUUAUAUUGUUAGCCCUGACACAUUUAUUACUACGCAUAUUAAUUGUGAUAUGCCAAAUGAAGUUUUUAUAUACGAAUUAUGCUAAAAUUUAACUAUUAAACGCAUGUACCAUAUACACUGUUAAUGUGUUUAUGCUAUCUUAAUUAUGUUAAAAACAACUGUAUUCACUUUUGGGUAAACAGUAAUUAUGAUUAAUCUUAGGUGAAUUUCAAAACAAAUGUGAGCCUUUUUAUCACACCUUUAUCAUGUUUUAAUAAAAAGUAUUCACUUUCUCAGUAGUAUUAUCGAUUUGUUUUGCAUUAAAAAAGGAACAUAGAAUUUUGAUUUAUCCAAUAUAUAUGAAACACACUACAUAUCACAUGUGCUAGUGAUCUGGAAUAAUUUUUUAUUUCAUAUUUUUCAUUUGUUAGUGUCUAGAGUGUUAUUUAUUCAUGCACUAAGUACAUACAAUGUUGUUUUACAUGUAUUUAUACUAUUUAAUACUAAACUAGUGAUUCAAAAUAAAGUUCUGUGUAUAUUUUAUGUCAAUGUUUAAUUCACAACCUAGACUUUCCAAUUCACACUGUUAACUAUUAAUCUAUCAAAACUCAAAUCUUCAGCAACACAAUUAGGAUACGAGUUCAAUAAUUGUUGUGUUAAUUUAUUAUUUAUUUUCUCGUGAAUUCAUUUACCCUUUAUUAAAGUUUCUUCAAUAAAGAAAGGCAAGACAAAGAGAUAAGUGAUUGAGUGAUAGAUUUGAAUACAAUGAGUGGAAUUAUGCAUGUUUAGUAUGUGACUGUUUCCUGGCUAAACUGAGACACAUACUUGGUAUCUUCAUGACAGUAUAAACCGGAACAGUCCCUCACAACAUGUAUGUGCACAUAAUCAAAUCUGUUCAAUUGCAAAUCAAACAUAACUGUACUUAAAACCAGGCACUUUAUAUGCUCAUGAGCCUUGUUCCUGGUAAAUAGGGCUUAAUGCAUGUGCAUAAAGUGUCCUCC